UAUUUACCAGCAUCUGCAGUUAGUUUCAGGCAAAGAUCUUAACAGAGGAUCUUUGGUUUCAGGUGUCCUCAAGUUCACCUCAAGAGUUAAAACCUUUUGCAUGCAGGCUCCAUCGUCACCGACAAACUCUCUCCGAGUUGCAAUGCUGAGUUCACCUCUCUCGCUCUCCCGCAGGCACCAUCUUCUCCGUUAAACUCGCCAGCAGAGGGACAGAGUCAGGCCGAGUCCCCGCGUCACGGCGUUAACUCGCUGCCCGGCGCCCGCUGUCUCUGUCUCUAUCCCGGGGUGGGGAGUGAAGCCCCGGCGGGGGUGAGGGAGAGGGGCCGAGUCCAUGCCCGCCCUGCUGGGCCGCGCCCUCCGCCUCCUGCAGCGAUCCUUGGCCGCGGGCCCAGCUCUAGGCCGCGGCUCGUCUCUCGGCCCAGCCCCAGCUCCAGGCUCAAGCUUAAGCGCAGGCCCAGCUCCAGGCCCAGGCUCAAGCCCAGCUCGAGGUUCAGGCCCAGCCUCAGCACCAGGCCCAGGUUCAAGCUCAAGCGUAGGCCCAGCCUUAGUACCAGGUUCAGGCUCAGACUCAGCACCAGGUUCGGGCCCAGCCCCAUUUCCAGGCCCAGGCUCAAGCCCAGCUCCAGGUUCAGCACCUGGCCCAAGCUCAAGCCCAGCUCCAGGUUCAGGCCCAGACUCUACUCUAGGCUCAGCCUCAGCCUCAGGCCUACGUCCAGGCCCACCUCAGGCUCCAAGCCCUUACCCAAUGCCAGGCCCAGCCAUGCAGACGGCCGUGGUCCGCUGUGUCCCGAGUGAGACCAAGAUGACCAUAGCGCUGGAGGUGUGCGGGGGGCGGCGGCGGCUGGAGCGGGAGCAGAGCGAGUGCCUGCGGGCCGCGCUGGCUCGCAUCGCGCACCACCUGCUCAAGGCCCAGGCCGGGGCCCGCAAAGGCAAGAAAGGUGCUGCACAGGCCUCGGCUCAAGCCCAGGAGCAGGCCCCAGACCAGGCCUCGGCCCAAGCCCAGGAGCAGGCCCCAGACCAGGCCCCGGCGAUCAGCCUAUACAUGGGCGAGCAGGCCAUACCAGGCGACACGAGUAAUGCGGAGGCCUGGCAGGAGGGCGCCGAGCUGCGGGUGGGCUCGGUCCACUACCGCGUGCAGCGGAACCCGCCCGGGCUGACGCUGCUGGCGCUGCCCGCCUCCAUGUUGGCGGGAUUCCCCGUCUGCCCCCGGCUCCAGGUGGAGUUUGGGCAGGCGGCCGAUUGCAGCUUCGAGUGGCUGCAGGAGACCGAGGCCGGGCGCUGGGAACAUGCGGCCUACGGCAGGGUCUUCACCCCUCCGCCCGACCUGGUGGGCCGCAGGCUGAAGCUGCGCUGCUGCCCGGGAGAUGCCAGCAGGUUGGGGCCGGAGUCCGAGGCCCUGAGCUCGGGCCCUGUGCAACUAGGCCCCGAGGCCUGCACUUUUGACGGCCGCCACUCCUUCACCCAGCAGGCCGCGGCUGGAUCUGUACUCCGGGUGGUCUCCUACAACAUCCUGGCUGAUAUCUACGCCCAGACCGAGCUGUCCAAGACCACCCUGUACCCCUACUGCCCGCCCCAUGCCCUGCAUGCCCAUUACAGGGAGAACCUGGUCAAGAAGGAGGUGCUGGGCUACCAGGCCGACCUGCUGUGCCUGCAGGAGGUGGACAAGGCCCUCUUCAACUACAGCCUGCGGCCUGCGCUCGAUGCCUUCGGCUACCAGGGCCUGUUCCGCCUCAAGGGGAAGCAGCACGAAGGCCUGGCCACCUUCUACAGAGCCUCCCGAUUCCAGCUGCUGUCUCAGCACGACGUGACCCUGGGCCAGGCUUUGGCCUCCGACCCUCUGCACACUCACCUCCUCCAGGAUGUAGCUGCAAACCCCAGCGUCCAGGAAAAGGUGCUGCACAGGUCAACCACCCUGCAGGUUUGUGUGCUUCAGUCCCUUGAAGAUCCAUCAAGGAAAGUGUGCGUUGCUAAUACUCAUCUUUACUGGCACCCAAAAGGAGGCCAUAUUCGACUUAUUCAGAUAGCGGUAGCCUUUCGUCACCUUCAACAGAUCACUUCCGAGCUCCAUCCCAAUACGCCAAUCAUCUUUUGCGGUGACUUUAACAGUGCCCCGUCCUCGGGCUUGUAUGACUUUGUUACCAAAGGAAGCAUUUUGCCCGAUCACCAAGACUGGACUUCAAACGGCGAGGAGGAGCAGUGCAGAAUGGCCCUCACUCACUCCUUCAAACUGGGAAGUGCCUGCGGGGAGCCUGUGUACACAAACUACGUGGGGGGGUUCCAAGGUUGCUUGGACUACAUAUUUAUGGAUGAAGACGCGCUGGAGGUUGACCGGGUCAUUCCCUUCCCACCUCAUGAAGAGAUCACCCGACACUUGGCCUUGCCCAGUGUCUCCCACCCAUCAGAUCACAUUGCACUGGUCUGUGAUCUAAAGUGGAAAUGAUCAAUAGACAAUAGGUGCAGGAGUAGGCCAUUUGGCCCUUCGAGACAGCACCGUCAUUCAAUGUGAUCAUGGCUGAUCAUCCACAAUCAGUACCCCGUUCCUGCCUUCUCCCCAUAUCCCCUGACUCCGCUAUCUUUAAGAGCCCUAUCUAGCUCUCUCUUGAAAGCAUCCAGAGAACCGACCUCCACCGCCCUCCGAGACAGAGAAUUCCACAGACUCACAACUCUCUGUGAGAAAAAGAGUUUCCCCGUCUCCUUUCUAAAUGGCUUACUCCUUAUUCUUAAACUGUAGCCCCUGGUUCUGGACUCCCCCAACAUCGGGAACAUGUGUCCAAACUCUUAUCAAUGUCCUGUGGCCUGCGGAUCCCACAGCUGCUGAGAGAGUUUACAAGGUGAACAAGUGCAUCAGCAUCAGCAUGGACACCUAGAAGCAUCUUCACAGAAAUGGGCAAACACAGGAUUUUUUGUAAAACAAGUCAAUGGAAUGCAUGAGAAUAAUAAUUGAAGCAAAAUUGGAAUGUGAUAAUGAUGAUAACUAAUUACGUCUGACAGGAGGGAAACACAAAGUUGGAGCCACUCAGAGGGCCAGGCAAGUGUGCAAUUGCUUCGGGUCAGGACAAUAGACAAUAGGUGCAGGAGUAGGCGAUUCGGCCCUUCUAGCCAGCACCGCCAUUCAAUGUGAUCAUGGCUGAUCAUCCCCAAUCAGUAGCCCGUUCCUGCCUUCUCCCCAUAUCCCCUGACUCCGCUAUUUUUAAGGGCCCUAUCUAGCUCUCUCUUGAAAGUAUCCAGAGAACCGCCGAGAAUUCCACAGACUCACAACUCUCUGUGAGAAAAAGUGUUUCCUCGUCUCCGUUCUAAAUGGCUUACCCCAUAUUCUGAAACUGUGGCCCCUGGUUCUGGACUCCCCCAACAUCGGAAACUUGUUUCCUACCUCUAGCGUGUCCAAACCCUUAAUAAUCUUAUAUGUUUCAAUUAUAUGUAUACCAUUCCUCAGAUUGAUCAGUCUGACGAAGGGUCCCAACCUGAAACAUUGCUUAGUCCAUUCCCCUCACAGAUGCUGCCUGACCCUCUGAGUUACUCCAACACUUUGUGUUUUGCUCCAGAUUCCAGUGUGUGUGCAGUUCCCUGUGUCUACACUAGGCCCAGACUUAUAAUGCAUGCAGGAGUUUACAUUUAAUUGGGAGCAGAGUGUUGCUGGCAUUAAGUUAUGGAAACCAUUGAAGCAAAUCAAAUUCAAUGGUCAAGUGAUCCAAUUGUAUAAUUUGGUUUAGAUUUCCAGAAAAUGUAGGGAAUUUCCAUCUAACCAAAUAAUGC